UAGGUCCCUUCAGCAUUGUUGUGUUCUACUUAACAUUUGUAUCCAAACACUGGAACUCCGGGCCAGGCUGGUAUAACUUGGAGGAGACAGAAGUUUGCGAGAAAUACUGGCUCAGGAACUUGCUCAUGGUGAAUUUCGACAUAAAACACAGUUGUCAAGCAAUCACUUGGUACGUGCCCUGUGACUAUCACCUCACAAUCCUGGGCACUCUCAUCUUCUUCUUCUAUCAGAAGAAAAGGAAGCUUGGCUAUACAGUGUUUGUAGCUGUGCUACUCCUGUCCAUGAUCGUUCCUGGAGUAUUGACGUACUGGCUUAAUUUCCAGGCUGUGAUUUUAUUGGAGUUUGGCAAGCACAUAAUGAACUACCGUGACACUUGGCAGUUCAACUACAUCUACACUCCGUUCUACAGCCGCGGCAGUCCGUACCUCGUGGGCAUCGCCAUGGGGUACCUCACAACCAUCUACAAACCUGCUGACUACAGGAAAUGUGUUCCUAAAACUUGGUCUAUAAUCGCUACGGCUGUGAGUGUGUGUGCCAUGCUGUUCACCAUGUCCAUAGCUUAUAUAAUCGUUUGCCGAGGGUAUGACACUCUGGAGGCUGCUAUCUUCGUAGGCACGAAGAGGAUCCUUUGGUCUGCUGCCAUCUGCUGCAUUAUAGGGAUGUGUGAAUAUGGAACUGUUCCUAUAGUCUCCAAUAUGCUGAGUUGGUCCGCGUUCACACCUCUAAGUCGGCUGUCCUACGGCAUUUACAUGGUCCACCCGCUAGUGAUACAGAAGUUCCAACUCUCUCAACGGUCGACUCACUUUUUCGAUUUCUAUUGUAUUUUUUUCAGCGCAGUAGGAGCAUCGGUUAUAUCAAUAGGGCUCAGUUACGCGAUGUGGCUGUUUGUGGAGGCGCCACUGAUCAACAUCACCAACCAGCUCUUGUUCAACAAACUAAAUGGAGCAGUUGGAGCUACUGCUACGAAUGGAACCCAACAUAGAAAUGGCGAUACUAAGACCAAAUCUUCGUAA